AUGAAAUUAAUAUUUUUCUUGCUUCUUCUUCGUCAUCUAUGUGCGUUCAAAAGCUCAACAAAAGGUAUUGAUCUUCUCUUCAGUACCAUUUCUGAGUUACAAAUAGCUCUCGAGUCCAAUUGGAUAACCUCACGUGAUCUUGUCACCUGGUAUUUGGAGCGUAUCGAUGAAGUUAAUAAAGAUCUUCGUGCUGUUAUUGAGACAAAUCCUGAUGCACUGGUAAUCGCUAAGCAGUUGGAUAGCGAACGAAAAGAAAAGGGAGCACGUAGUCCGCUGCAUGGCAUUCCAGUUUUGGUGAAAGAUAACAUUGCUACUGCCGAUAAAAUGAACACAACUGCCGGUUCCUAUGCUCUGCUCGGUUCAAGAGUACCACGAGAUGCUGGCGUUAUUUACCGAUUGAGGAAAGCAGGAGCCAUUAUUCUCGGAAAGGCGAGUAUGUCAGAAUGGGCUGCUUUUAGAUCCACGAACGAAACGCGCGAAGGCUGGUCGGCACGAGGUGGUAUGUCGGCAUCAGCCUACAUCAAAGAUGGCGAUCCAUGUGGGUCAAGCUCUGGUUCAGGAAUAGCGGCAUCGAUCGGUUUGAGUGCAGCAACACUGGGAACAGAGACCGAUGGUUCAAUAGUAUGUCCAGCCAGUAGAGCAUCAAUCGUUGGGCUCAAGCCAACUGUAGGCCUAACAUCUCGUGCAGGUGUAAUACCAAUCUCACAUACGCAAGAUUCCGUUGGUCCUAUGGCACAAACAGUAAGAGAUGUUGCAUUGGUAUUAGAAAUAAUUCAGGGUAUCGAUCCUCAUGAUAAUGCAACGCUUGAUAUGGAUGCAGUACGUCCAUGCAACUAUACACAGUUUCUUCUCGGCUCAGAAGGUUUCAAGAAUAUGCGCUUGGGCGUCGUUCGCCGAGGCAUCUUUGAUAAUUCAUCCAGUGUAACCGUAUCUCAAGAACAAGUGAAUGCUGCUAAUGACGCGAUCAAAUUGAUGAAAAAGCUCGGCGCACACAUCCAAGAUCCAGCUGAUAUUGAAACUAUAGAUGAAAUUAACCGAUCAGCUGCUGAACUGACGGUUCUGAAUACUGAUUUCAAACAAGACAUAAAAGCUUAUUUAAGUGAACUGACGAACACGAAUAUUAAAACAUUGGCUGAUCUCAUUCAGUUUAAUCGAGAGCAUCAAGAUGUAGAAUUUUCAAAAUACAUGAUCAAUCAAAAUCAAUUUGAAGCUUCAGAAAAUACCACCGGUUACGACAGUGACGAAUACAUACAAGCCGUUGCUACCAGUCUGAGACUAGGGCGAAAAGAAGGAAUCGAUUAUACAUUAGACAAGUACAAACUAGACGCAUUAAUCAUGAUUGGUGAUGGAGCAUCGACGGCUUCUGCCAUUGCACGUUACCCGAUAAUCAGUGUACCAUUGGGCUAUUUAACUAAGCAGAAUGGCAUUAACGAGGCACUUUCUGGUACACCAUUCGGUAUGUUAUUUACUGGUCGAGCAUGGAGUGAGGGAACUUUGUUAAGACUAGCGCAUGCAUUCGAACAAGCGACUCAUAUUCGAGAAAAAGUUCGACCACAAUUUGCUCCAGAAUAA